CGGGAGGCGGAAGAGGAGCCCGAGAGAGAGAGAGAGAGACGGAAUGAGCGGCCGGAGAGGUGGCAGAGGAACCUGGACGGGAAAUCGAAACCGAGAGGUGGAAGACGGCGGCCCGAUAUCCGGAUUUCCCUCUGCGGCCGGUGCCCGGGAGUGAAGGAAGCGGACCGUGGCGCUUCCCGCCGGACCUCGCGGCCGGGCCGAAGGCGGGCGCCAUGUCGGACCGGGGGCUGAAGUGGGCCUGCGAGUACUGCACGUACGAGAACUGGCCGUCGGCCAUCAAGUGCACCAUGUGCCGGGCCCAGAGGCCCAGCGGGACCAUCAUCACCCAGGACCCGUUCAAGGGCGGCUCGAGCGACGGGGGCCGCGACUGGGCUCCCGGCAGCCCCGAGGGCGGGGGCAGCCCGCUCAUCUGCCCCGACUCCAGCGCCCGGCCCCGGGUCAGGCCCUCCUUCGGCACGGACGGCGCCAACAAAUGGUCGUGCCACAUGUGCACCUACUUGAACUGGCCCCGGGCCAUCCGGUGCACCCAGUGCCUGUCCCAGCGGCGGACCAGGAGCCCCACGGAGUCGCCCCAGUCGUCCGGCUCGGGCCCCAGGCCGGGGCCCUUCGCCGCGGACCCCUGCGAGGAGUACAACGACCGGAACCGGCUGAACGCCAGGACGCGGCACUGGACGUGUUCCGUGUGCACGUACGAGAACUGGGCCAAGGCCGGGAAGUGCGUGGUGUGCGAUCACCCGCGGCCCAACAACGUCGAGGCCGUCGGGCUGGGGGAGACGGAGGAGGCGUCCUCCCUCAUCAACGAGCAAGACCGGGCCCGCUGGAGGGGAAGCUGCAGCGGCGGCGGGAACGGCCAGAGGCGGUCCCCGCCCGCCGCCCGGCCGGACUCGGAAAUGAAGAUGGACUUCCAGAGGAUCGAGCUGGCGGCCGGAGCCGUGGGCUGCCAGGAGGAGCUGGAAGUGGACUUCAAGAAGCUCAAGCAGAUUAAAAACAGGAUGAAGAAGGCCGACUGGCUGUUCCUCAACGCCUGCGUGGGGGUUGUGGAAGGUGACCUGGCGGCGGUAGAGGCGUACAAGUCGUCCUCGGGAGGAGGGGACAUCGCCCGCCAGCUCUCCGCAGACGAAGUGCGCCUCCUGAACCGCCCUUCCGCCUUCGACGUCGGCUACACCCUCGUGCACCUGGCCAUUCGCUUUCAGAGGCAGGACAUGCUGGCCAUCCUGCUGACCGAGGUGUCCCAGCACGCUGCCAAGUGUAUCCCCGCCAUGGCCUGUCCGGAGCUGACCGAGCAGAUCCGCCGGGAGGUAGCGGCCUCCCUCCACCAGCGCAAGGGAGACUUCGCCUGCUACUUUCUAACCGACCUCUUGACUUUCACGACCCCUGCAGAUAUAGAAGACCUGCCUCCGACGGUCCAGGAGAAGCUAUUCGAUGAAGUGCUCGAUCGGGAUGUUCAGAAAGAGCUGGAAGAAGAGUCCCCCAUCAUAAACUGGUCUCUGGAGCUGGCCAGCCGCCUGGACAGCCGGCUCUACGCGCUCUGGAACCGGACCGCGGGGGACUGCUUGCUCGACUCGGUGCUGCAGGCCACCUGGGGCCUCUUCGACAAGGACUCCGUGCUGCGGAAAGCCCUGCACGACAGCCUGCACGACUGUUCCCAUUGGUUCUAUCCACGCUGGAAAGAGUGGGAAUCCUGGUAUUCGCAGAGCUUUGGGUUACACUUUUCCCUGAGGGAGGAGCAAUGGCAGGAGGACUGGGCGUUCAUCCUCUCUCUGGCCAGCCAGCCCGGAGCGAGCUUGGAGCAGACGCACAUUUUUGUACUUGCACAUAUUCUCAGACGCCCCAUUAUAGUGUACGGAGUCAAAUACUAUAAGAGCUUCCGAGGAGAAACUCUCGGGUACACACGCUUCCAAGGCGUCUACCUGCCGCUGUUGUGGGAGCAGAGUUUCUGUUGGAAAAGCCCCAUCGCCCUGGGCUACACGCGGGGCCACUUCUCCGCCCUGGUCGCCAUGGAGAACGACGGCUACGGGAACCGCGGGGCCGGGGCCCACCUCAACACCGACGAUGACGUCACCAUCACUUUCCUGCCCCUGGUCGACAGCGAGCGCAAGUUGCUGCACAUCCACUUUCUCUCCGCUCAGGAGGUUGGGAACGAGGAGCAGCAGGAGAAGCUGCUGCGGGACUGGCUGGACUGCUGCGUCACGGAAGGCGGGGUGCUCGUGGCCAUGCAGAAGAGCUCGCGGCGCCGGAACCAUCCGCUGGUCACGCAGAUGGUGGAGAAGUGGCUGGACCGCUACCGCCAGAUCCGGCCCUGCACCGCCCUGUCGGACGGCGAGGACGACGAGGACGACGAGGACGAGUGAGGGCCCGCGGCGGGCCAGGGCCGGCCGGGGCCCGGUGCUGUCCAGGGGAGCCCGGGUCGCGCGACCUCGGAGCCGCGCGCCCCGGGACGGACUCGGCCUCGCGGCGCCCCGCCCGACGGGUCUUCCGGGCGCUCGGUGCCCCCUCCGCUCCCCCU